AUGGGGAGGGGCGGUGCGCGGGCUCCAGUGGAGGAAAAGACGCUCUUGGCCGAGCUGGGCAGGCUGUUCCACGUCGCACGCGCCAACGCUCGCGAGCAGCGCAUCACAAAAUCGACGGCCGGGGCAAAGCCCAAGACAGCCGUUGAGGCAGCGGCGAAGCGGCAGCACAAAUCGCUGCAGCAGCGGCAACAAGAGGCGGUGACAGCGAAGAAGUCCCGCAAGAAGAAUAGCACACNCGAAGCGGCAGCACAAAUCGCUGCAGCAGCGGCAACAAGAGGCGGUGACAGCGAAGAAGUCCCGCAAGAAGAAUAG